UUGGAUAAUACAACACAUGAGAAUUGAAAUUGGCCUGUUGGGCCCACAGUUUCACAGAUGGCUCAGAUGUUGACCCUUUGUGCCGUGCAUGGGGAUUAAUGGAUAUUUAUGCCGCUAUUAUAGUGUCUUGCUAGCAUACAGGCUCGCUGGUCUCUGUGGGAAGAAAUGGAGAAGACAUACUCCUUGACUGCCCAUUAUGAUGAAUUCCAGGAGGUCAAAUAUAUCAGCAAAUACAACAGUACUAGCACCCUUUCCAAUGGUUUCAAUCUGCAGGUUAGCUCCAAAAAGCAAACAAAGCCAGUGCCACGGUGGAGCAGAAGAGAGACAUGUCUUCUAUCUGGCCUUGUGUUUGCAGCGGGACUAUGCAUUAUACUUGGUUGCAUGUUGGUGCUGAAGUAUAUGUCCAUAGAGCAGGAAGGACAAUGUCUGGAGGGAUGUCAGGAAAGAAAAGCUUUUAUGAGGGCUUCCAAAUUUAUUAGCAACAACAUAGAUCCUACAAUAUCUCCCUGUAAUGACUUUUACUCCUUUGCCUGUGGGGGAUGGAUGAAGAAACACAGGAUCCCGACAGACAAGCUCAUCUAUGGCACCAUAGCUGCCAUAGGAGAGCAUAAUGAGGAGAAGCUGCAGCAUCUGCUUCUACAGCCAGUGAAGAGGAAGCAUAGGGAGUCAGCAGAGAGAAAAGCAAAGGAGUUCUUCAGAUCCUGCCUCAAUAUGCGAGAAAUUGACCGUUUACGGGCACAGCCAAUGCUGCAGGUGAUUGAGGACUGUGGAGGUUGGGACCUGCCAGAGAACCCAAGAACCAGGUGGGACUUCAAUGAACUCCUGUACAAGACCCAGGGAAUAUACAGUACAGCAGCCUUCUUCUCGUUGACUGUCAACUUGGAUGACAAAAACUCUUCCAGAUAUGUCAUAAGGAUUGAUCAAGACGGUCUCACUCUGUCUGAAAAGACUCUUUAUCUAGGACAAGAUGAAGACAGUGAGAAGAUCCUGGCUGCCUACAGGGUGUUUAUGCACCGAAUUCUUGCCCUUCUGGGGGUAGAAAAUGUGCAGAAGAAAGUGCACGAGAUUCUCUUGCUGGAACAGCGCUUGGCCAAUAUUACUAUUUCAGAGUAUGAUGAGUACAGACGUGACAUCAACACCAUGUACACUAAGGUCACCUUAUCACAGCUGCAGCAGAUAACACCCCAUGUGAGAUGGAAACACUUUCUUGACCGGAUAUUCCAUGAGAACUUCUCUGAGGAUGAGGAGGUGGUUGUGUUGGCCACAGAUUAUAUGCAGAAGGUCUCUGAGCUGAUACGUUCCACUCCAGCAAGCGUCCUCCACAACUACAUGCUUUGGCAGAUGGUGGUCGUGCUGAGCGAGCAUCUGUCUACUCCUUUCCGGGAUGCUAUUCAUGAACUAACCAAGGAAAUGGAGGGCACAGAGAAAGAGCUUGAUCUUGGAAAGGUGUGUUUGACUCAGGCCAACAAGCACUUUGGGAUGGCGCUGGGAGCACUUUUUGUGGAAGAGUAUUUUUCAUCAUCAAGCAAAGAAAAGGUUCACCAGCUAGUUGAAGACAUCAAACACAUACUGGAUCAUAGGCUGGAAGAACUGGACUGGAUGGACAAGGAGACCAAAAAAGCCGCUAAAGAAAAGCUGAAACACAUGAUGGUGAUGAUUGGCUAUCCUGACUUUCUCUUGAAGCCUGAUGCCUUAGACAAAGAAUAUGAAUUUGAUGUCCACGAGAAGACCUAUUUCCAGAACAUUUUGAACAGCAUUAGGUACAGCAUCAAACUAUCAGUUAAAAGGAUCCGUCAAGAGGUGGACAAAUCAGCGUGGCUGCUCCCUCCACAGGCUCUAAACGCAUAUUACCUCCCCAACAAGAACCAGAUGGUGUUCCCAGCUGGCAUUCUACAACCAACACUGUACGAUCCUGACUUCCCUCAAUCUUUAAACUUUGGUGGAAUUGGCACCAUCAUUGGACAUGAGCUCACACAUGGAUAUGAUGAUUUGGGUGGCCAAUAUGAUUCUUUUGGAAAUCUUGCUUACUGGUGGACUGACGACUCCUUCGGCAAGUUCAUGAAGAAAGCAGAGUGUGUUAUCGACCUGUAUGAUAAUUUCACUGUCUAUAAUCAGCAGGUUAAUGGAAAACUCACUUUGGGGGAGAAUAUAGCAGACAUGGGUGGUCUCAAACUUGCAUAUUAUGCCUACCAAAAGUGGGUGAGAGAAAAUGGGCCGGAACGACCAUUGCCCCGUCUGAAAUACACUCAUGAUCAACUAUUUUUCAUUGCAUUUGCACAGAACUGGUGUGUAAAGAGGAGAUCCCAGUCCAUAUACCUGCAGGUCCUGGCUGAUAAACAUGCUCCUGAACCAUACAGGGUCAUUGGCAGCGUCUCCCAGUUUGAAGAAUUUGGCAGAGUAUUCCAUUGCCCCAGAAACUCCCCAAUGAACCCAUCUCACAAGUGUUUUGUAUGGUAACCCUCAGACAAACUGGUUUUGUUGGUUCCAGCUCCUCUAAACCGUCUGCGCAGACAUCUCCUGCAACAGGAGAAGAAAGAUUGACCAUGUCCAUUAUUACCACAGGAUGGGAUACCGGCCCACAGACCCACAGAGAAAAUAGCACUGCUCUCACUGGACCUGGAGAGGAUGGGUUAUUUGGCCAUUUGUAUGUCCCUGGAGGCACUCACACCCGCGCACAGAUAAGGAUCCAGUGUGCCCUUCACUCAGAAGAUGGCAUGUGGGAUUGGCUGAUGGAUUACUUCUAGCCAAAACUGUGUUGUCUACAGUCAAUAGCACUUAAAUGACUUAACCCAUGUUAUGACACUACCUUGGCGCUGCUCCUCUCACUGCCUUCAAUGUGGCAUAAAGUAAUACAAAUAUAAAUUGUGCUGUUUUGUUUAAGGAGCUCUGUUAGACGUAUGUGUGUUCCUGAUCAGAAUAACGGUGCAUGGGAGUUAUGGAUUACCGCUUAUAAUGUCAUAGACCUUGUCAGUACAUAUGACACAUUGCAGUACAUCAUUACCCACACUGCUUUGGAGAACAGCCUCGUUCAUCGUCCUCCACAAUAACCUGUGAUGGAUUCCAUGCUAUCUGCACCCCUAGGUGGCACCAGCAGUUCAUACAGAAGAUAUAAUAAAAGGAGAAGGUGAGUGCUGUACCAUCCAGGCACUGUAACCAUUAACUGCUGGAACAGAAUACAUGCUACAAGCAGCAGUUCUAACCAAGUCAGUUUGGAGCUUUUUAUUACAUUAUCUAAAAGAUGAUUUGUUGCUGCAGAAUACAAGUUAUUU